GACCCGCCCCUCCACUACGUGGUGGCUGACCGUAUGUAGAAAGGCUCUAACAUACCAGUGACAUAUGAUGGGGGCGUUGAAGGGGCUCCCUUGAUCUUGGGACCAGUUCUCUGUCAGCGGUUGAUUGAUAAAGACAGUCCGUCUCAGCUGCAAAUUGGAACUUGAUGCUGUUUUCAGAUUCCUCACGAACACCUGGUACAUGCCGAACGUCAGUACCGCCUCAAGCGUUCUGGAGCAUACUAUUCUUCUGCCUUGUGCUCAGCCACGAAUUUUCAGUCUGUCAAUACCGUAGCGCGACUCCGAUGACGAAACGAGAGAAGGUCAAACGAUUCCGUGGCUGCUCCAAUCACGGCGACUCAGCGGAAAGGGUAGCACCCCUGACACGUUAUACAGAACAACAAUGGGCCACGGAGGAGACUAUCACGCACCUACGCACUGCUGCUGCUGGCGGGAUGCUGUGCUAGUUUGCAAGCCCAGAGCUCACUGUUGUUGUUCUGUUUCCCUUGAAUGAUUCUGUCGCCCUUCGAACCAAAUGGC